AUUCCGAGGAAGAAGAAGGGAGCCAUGACUGCUUGGUACUGAGGAAGAAGAAGGGAGUCGUUAGUCGUGACUGCUUGGUAUACCUUACGCUGUCUCAACCUGUCACGUCUUGCUCUUCAAUGGCCACGCCACUUCAACUCCCAAAAUCCCCUGGUUUCUUAGGGUUUUGGCACCCCUUGUUUCAUCUGUUUUGCUCAACCUCUUCUGUCUUUCUCUUUCCCGUUUCUCGUUCUCCUCCUCGGUCGCCUUUCUAUCUGGGUUUCUCAGGAUGGAAGAAGAACGAGAUGUUGCUCUACCUGUAUCUUAUACUUCUUCUUCUUCUAUCCACGUCAGUGGUGACCUUUCAGGCUCUGCUCCUUCAUCUUCUUCUUCUUCUUCUGAGUCCGUGCAGGAAGAAGAGAAUCAUAACGAUCAAGAGCAGACACCGGAGCUCCAGCAGCAGAGGACGAGUGUUUCUUAUCGAGUGAACAUCUCGAUAUCCGACGUGACUUCGACCGAGAUGAGGGAAGAUGCUUGGUCAUUCUUAGUGGUGCUCCUCACUUUCUGGUUCUUCUCAGCAUCCAUGACUGUGAUUAUGGGCUUUUACGGUUCUAUAAAUCUCCAAUUGGGUCCGAGCUACUCCCGACUUGUGCAAGUUAACACCAUCUUUGUGCAGAAUAUCAAGGUGCAAGAAGUGGUUGAUUCUAAACCUGGGCCAAUCCUGUAUGGGUUUUACAAACACCCCCCUCUCGAUGUUGAGACCACUUGGUCUGAAACCCGUAACAUUUCUAUUUCACCAAACGAUUACAAGGAGUGGUUAUAUUACCUGAAUGAAGGGUCUGAAAUUAAUAUUUCAUACAGUGUGAAAUCCCAGAGCUCCUCCCCCUUAUCCCUUGUAAUUGCUAAAGGUAAAGAAAACCUAGUUGAAUGGUGUGAGGAUCCGUCAUAUCCUAAUACAACUUUGUCAUGGAACAUUGUUCAUGGAGAUGGUGUGAUCCAACAGAAGAUUUUCACGUCUUCUGAUUACUAUGUUGCAGUUGGAAACAUGGAUUCCGAGGAGGCAGAGAUGCAGUUGAACCUCAGAGUACAAGCCGUCCUGUACAAUACAACAGAGGCAUAUUACAAGUGCUCUGUUUCUCACAAUCUGUGUAGUUUGAAGCUUUUCCUUCUGGGUACAAAUGUUGCUGUUUUAACUGCUCCUGACCCCAGACAGGCUACUGAUGAGAACUGGUACAUUAAACUGUCAUAUGGACCAAGAUGGAUCGCAUAUUUUGUUGGCUCAGGUGGAAUGACUAUACUCAUCCUAUUGACCUAUAAGAUCUAUAACAAGUUCCAAUCCACUGUUGAAGAUGAAACUCAACAUCAAUCAGGGGAUGUGCGAUCUGAGAGAGAACCAUUGCUUUCACCGAAAGAUGAUCUUUCAAGUUUGGGUUCUUCUUAUGAUUCCGUGUCACAUGAUGAGGAUCUUGAAGAGUGGUUUGCAGAAAACUCUCUCGACUCUAAACCUCUAAAAGAUGGGAACAAUAUCAAUAAUCCACCUCGUCUUUGUGCAAUUUGCUUUGAUUCGCCAAGGGAUUGCUUUUUCCUUCCGUGUGGCCAUUUGGCGGCAUGUUUUACAUGCGGGACUAGGAUUGCAGAGGAAGCUGGCACAUGUCCCAUUUGUCGCAGGAAAAUGAAGAAGGUGAGGAAGAUAUUCACAAUCUAAUAGGUGUGCAUAGUGGCAGCUUUCUAGUAACGACUUCCAACAAUCAGUUGGUUACUUGGGGAAAAUCUGAUCUUUCAUUUCUUGUAUAUACUUGAUGAGCUUUCAUUCGGAAGGUGAUGACGAUCAGUAGUUUUGAUUGAAGAUGCAUUAAUUGGUCUUGUAUGUGUGGGUUUCUUCUCCUUUUUGAUGAGUCAACAUGGUAUUGAAGAAAGCAUGCUCAGAUUCAAAUAUGGUCCACUUCAAGAAGGGAAUGGUUGAGCCAAAGAAUUUUCUCAGUUGGGCUGCCACUAUCUAUUAUUGUAACUUGAUUUAGUAAUAUGAUUCCAUGCAUUGAAAUGGCGAAUGUUUAUACUAAACUGCACCAGUAAUGUAUCUCACUUGGUUUCCCAUAGUCUGGAAUUCUAUUCAAUUCAUGUCUGGUUGUGCUAAUUUUAGAAGCAACCCAGUAUUCUCUAUGGGUUUUGUAUGAAUCAGGGUCCGAGAAGUACUCCAUAAUGAAAAGUUAAAACUUCUUUUGUCUGUA